UGAAAGCCGGUUUCGCGGUAAUUGGACGGCAUCGAAGGAAACUUCUAAAGAGGUUAAAACAUUAAAAUGGUGGCAAACGGAGUCUCUAGAGGUCGGCCAGGCCGGACACCACAAUUCCUAACGUUAGGCCUCCUGGUUGUUAUCUGUAUUUUAGCUUUUAAUUACUGGAAUGUGUCAUCACGAAGCCGACUUCUGCAGCGACAAGUGCAAGAAAUGACGGCGACACUCGAAGAAUUGGCAAUGAAAAAGGUUCAUCUGGAGAAAAGAAGCGAAGCACUCCAAAGCCAGAUAGGAGAUGCCAACAAAGUGAACACUGUUUUAAAAACUGAAAAAGAAUCCUGUAUAAAAGAGAAAGAAGAUAUUCAGGCUUUAAAAGAAGAAGUUGGGUCACAAGCGGAAUCUUUACGGAAAGAGAAAGACCUUGCAGUAACCUCAUUGGCACAAUUUAGGAUAAAUGCCUCCAAGACUGUUGAAUUGCUCAUGGAUAUGAAAACUAAAUAUGAAACAUUAAGAACAGAACAUGAGCAGAUCCAGGAAGCAUCGCGGCGGGAAGGACAAGAAAAAGAACAGGCCAUCCAAGCCAUCCAACAAAAUGCCAAUAAUCAGUUGGAUUUAUGUAAUUCCCAGAAGCAAGAGCUCAACCGGAUCAUAAGCAACCUUCAGAAGGAGUUCUCUGUCAUGCAACAACAGAGGGUGAGUGAGGGCAACGUGUCGAAAGAUGGGGGUGGACAGCAAGUAGUUGCAGGGAAUGAUCAAGCAGCAUACAUUCAACAACAGCAACUUCUACAACAGCAACAACAACAACAGCAGCAACAAGAACAGCAACAGCAAGAACAGCAGCAGCAAUUACAGAAUCAACAAGGACUUCAACAGCAGAACGGUCUUAAUGCUCAACAACUUGCUUGGAUGCAGAGGGAACAAUAUCGUCAGCAGCAUCAAAACCAGCAACAACAGCAGCAACCGGAACAACAAGACGAACAGCAGCAACAUAUGUUGUAUAAUCAACAGUAUCAGCAACAACAACAGGAACAGAUUGAACAGCAAGCACAAGAAGAACAAAGGCAAGAAGGUGAACAACAAAUGGAAAGGCCAGGUCAGGCAGAUCCAGGCCCAGUCCAGAUGGAGGCCAACCAAGAGACCCAGAAUGAAGAGGACAAACAACCCCAGAUGUUCCCAGACCGAGAACAGCAGCUGGAGGAUCAGCAGCAGGUCCAGGGACCGGUUCCAGACCAGGGUCAGGUAGAUAGAGAAGCCAAUGUUAUAGACAAUGAUGUACAAGACCCAGGCCAAGCAAAGCAAGAAACCAAUGAACAGGAAGUUCAACAACAGGAUGAAGAAGAUAGUCAAUUGAGUGAUGUGGACGAAGAAGGAGAACAGCAGAUUGACCAAGGACAAGUACAAGCUCCUCAACCUGUAGGUAAUGAUAAAGAAGGAGAUGAAGAUCGAACCGGAGAGAGUAGUUUAUCAGAGGUUGGAAAGGUAGAAGAAGGAGAGAAUGUGAAAGGAGAGAUAGUUCUCCAGGAAGAAGACGAUGUGGUGGAAGACGACGUGGUGGACGAAGAAAGGUUGGAGGUCGGGAACAUUGACCCUGGACAGCAAGGUGAUGAAGAGAAACAAGUAAGUGAUCCAUCUUAUGACUAUUCUGAUGAUGAGGAUUCUUCCGCAAAUGAUAAUGGUGGUGGGGAAGACAGCCCAGAGGAUGACGGGCCUAACGAUGGCAAUCAAGACUAUGAGUUGGCAGAUGAAGACCAAGGAGCGAUUCCUGUAGACGACAAUGGAAAUGAGAUCCAGGAAGAUGACCCUAAUGGCAAUAUUAAAGAUGACCAAAUUGAUCAAGAAAUGGAAGAGGACUAUCAACUGGCUGACCAAGGAGGGGAUGGUGAUUUAGAUGACGAUGAAGGAAGGGGUGCGAACCACGCUGAAGCGGAUCAAGGAAUGGUACCAGAUUACCCUGAGGAUGACCAAGGAAGGGUCGGGGACUAUGAUGAGAACGACCCAGAAAGGGGGCCAGACUACGCAGAAGGUGACCAAGAAAUAGAGGAUGACAAAGGAAGGGAGCCUGACUACCCAGAGGAAGAACAAGGAAUAGAUUCUGACUAUGUCAGUGAUGAUGAGGCGGAUGGUGAACAGGAGCUUGAAGACAGAGGCAAAAGUCAAGGAGAGAGCGAUAUGGGCAACCCUGAGGCGCUAAGCAAUGAAAAUGAUGGUCAAGUGCUUGAGGAUAUCAGACAGGAAGAAGUCAGAAACUACGCCUAAACCAAAGGAAUCCAAUUGGAUCAUAAUCCCCCAAUACAGGAUAUGGGAGCUGUCAGAGUAGUUGAUGAUGGAAAGGAAUUAGAUGAAGAAGAAAGAAUACAAGAAGAAAUCGACAAUAGGAUACAAGAAGAGGAAGACCAAUACUAAAGAUUUUUCAAAUUAUAUCAUUAAUAUAUUAGGUUAUUAUUAAAUUGAUCAGGAUUAUAAUUUUGUUCAGCUACUGGCUUAUUCCUAAA